AGGUGUUAGUCUGAGCGGGCGCCUUGACCACCCUUCCGGUGCUCUGAGUUAAUAAUAGAUAUACUGUACAACGCAUGUGUGUCACUUAUCUGUCCCACCUGGUGUUUGUUAUUGAAACAUAUUGCACCACUGUUACUUGGAGUUUGCUGGUAGUGUCUUCGACUCAACUGACGUACCUAGGAAGUUUGCACAAAGCUUCAGGACAAGGCACGAGUGCAGCAGUGAUCAAAGUUAUGUGGAAGUUUUUGACAUGGAAGGGAGGACGUCGAAGGUCUUCCAACUUCCGGAUCAGCAUGACCAGCAGCAUGACCAGCAACAGCAGGUGGAGGAGAAACCACAGCAGCCAGAUGGAAGACGUGGAAGAAGGUGUUGAGGACGAUCAGAUGACGGUGGUAGUGAGGACUGCUGGAUCCUCCAGUGGUACCUUCAAUACUCGUCCACCAGAGGCGCACAACACAGUACCACAGUCUUGCACCGAGAUACAUCCACUCUUCUCGGCCAUUCAGCUUUGUGAUGUGGAGGAGGUACGACAGCUGCUGCUGGAGGCACCGCAGGCGACAAGGGAGGUGUGUGCAGGUCUCUCCCCCCUCCAUGCAGCCACUCACCUCCAACAUUUACCCAUUCUCAGGCUCCUUCUCCAGCACAAUGCUCAUGUGGAGAUGGUAGAUGGGCUUGGCAAUACAUCACUGUACACGGCUGUCUGUGAGGGCUGGCUGAAAGGUGUGGUUGAGCUGCUCAAGAAUGGGGCCUCGCCAGACACACACUGCUCAGUCCCACCUUCUGCAGAAGGAGUUCGGGUCGGGGACACUCCUAUGCAGAUGGCUGUGAGGCUUGGGAAUGCUUCCAUUACCAGGAUCAUGAUGAACUACAGUCCAGAUGUAAGCUUGCUGGACAGUGAUGGGUGCUGCCUCUUGCACCUGGCUGCCCAUGCUCAUAGUACUGAAAUACUAUCCCUCCUGCUAGAGCACAAAGUUUCUAGUGAGCUGCUACACUCGCGUAACAACAAUGGUGAUGGAGUCAUGCACACAGCCAUUGUGAAGGAAUGUGAAGCCUCUUGUGAAAAUGCACUCCUAGAAGUACUGCAGAUGUUGUUUGAUGCUGGAGUAGAUGUCAACUCUACAAACAAUCAAGGAGAAUCCCCUCUCUUUUUAGCUGCCUGCUUUCGGUUUUCUAAGGGUGUGCAGCUGUUAUUAUCCAUGGGGGCAGAUCCCUUAGUGGUGACACAAAGUGGAGAAUCGGUAGUACACGGUGCUUGUUACAAGGGCUGCUCCACCAGCCUCACCCACCUGCUCGACACUGGUCGUAUAAAUAAACUUAUCACCAAGCCAGAUAAUGAGGGUAUUGAACCCUUCCUCUAUGCUGUUCGCAGUAGUUCAAUCGAUUGCUGUGAUCUGCUGCUGAACAAUGGAGACCACCUGACACGUAAGGAUAUAGAUGGUACAUCUCGCUGUUCACUGUUACUAAAGUACCUUCCGUCAGCCACAGACCUUCUCAAACAACUUUUUGACAAUCGUAUUCAAGUGUCCAAUGAGCCUCAACAAGACCCCAACUUCCACGUAACAUUCGACUACUCGGUCAUACUGUCACAGCAAGGAGGCAUACAAAGCUCUCUCAUAUAUGACCUUAACAACACGGAAGCAGAACCUCUCCUAAAACAUCCACUUGUAGAAUCUUUCCUUGGUAUUAAAUGGAACAGAAUCAGGUUUUUCUUUUACAGUAAAAUUGUCUGCUUCUUCAUUUUUCUCUUACUUCAUACAGUGUACAUUGUCUCGGUAUACAAGAAGGAGUCAGAGAAGACCUUGGCUCUUGGUACAUUUCGGUAUUUACACAUAUUUAUGUAUUCUGUCAUCUUGUGGCCUGAGCUGUUUACCAUAAUUGGCAAUGCCAAAAGGUACAUAAAACACUGGGAAACACUGACAAAGGUUAUUGCAUUAGGAGCAUCUGCUUACGUUGUAUUCGUAGGAGGAACAAGUCCUGAACUGGAGACCAACUUUACAAACUCAACAUCCGGGAAAAUGUCAGUGGAGAGACAAGUGGCUGCAACAUCUGUGUUUUUUGGGUGGGUAGAGUUGAUGAUGUUGUGUGGACGACUCCCCAUCCUUGGAUCCAAUGUCCUCAUGUUCACACGGAUUGCUAAGUCAGCUAUUAAAUUCAUUGCUGCAUUUAUUGGCCUACUGAUUGGGUUUGCAGCAAGUUUUAUGGUUUUAUUUUAUGAUAAAAAGGAAUUCAGCAGUUUCUUUACCAGUCUAGUAAAGACAUUCAUGAUGAUGAUUGGAGAGUUGGAUUACACAGAGCUAGUAGACUCUCAACCUACUUACCUCGUGUACAUUUUCCUAACAGUGUUCCUCUUUCUUGUGUGUAUCCUUAUGGCCAAUCUUCUCAUUGGUCUUGCUGUGGACGACAUAUCUAAUCUGGAGCGACUUGGUGAAAUUGAAAGGCUGUCCAAGCAAGCAUCAUACCUCAUUACAUUUGAGAAGCUAACUAGUGCUGUUACAAUGUUUUGGUUAUUUCCACACCGUCUGGCAAAACUUUUAAUUAACAUCUCUACAAUAAACCAUGAAGAGAAAGUUUAUGUGAACAAGAAGCGAUCUGGGAGAUGGCAAUUCCGUAAGUAUCAAAUCCCCAAGAGUACAGUUCAGGCAGCCAUCUUAAUUGCAAGAUCCAGUGAAGAUUCUCAUAAGGAAAGUGCUGAACAGUGUGUAGCAGAGGUAAAUGAAUAUGUAACAGAAACAAAAAAAUUAGAAGACAAAUUAGAUAAACUAGAAAAUAUGAUGAAAGAAAAGCUUAAUGAGUUAUUCAUCACCCUGCAGUCUAAGAGGACAAAGACUUAAUUUAAUAAAUAGUGCUUCACCAUAUCCUUCAAAUUACUAUAAUCAUAACUAAGCAUUAA